AUAUAAGGCAACAACUUUCAAAUGCAUUUAGGCUUAGUAUACAAAAACAUAAUGAAACUGUAACUAACAACCGUUAUAUUUUAUCUAAAAUUAUUGAUUGUAUUAAAUUUUGUGGUGCAUUUGAACUUGCUUUUCGAUGGCAUAAUGAGAAGUCAGAUUCUGAAAAUCCAGGAAUAUUUCGCGGACUUAUUAAUUUUAGUUCUGAAUUGGAUAACACUUUAAAAUUACACCUCGAACAGUCUACAGUAUUUAAAGGCCUUUCUAAAAUAAUUCAAAAUGAAAUGUUGGAAUGUAUGCUAUUCGUUAUUCGACAAAAUAUUAAAAACGAAAUAAAAAACGCUGAUUUCUUUUCUGUUAUAUCUGACGAAACGACAGAUGUAUCAGCACAAUUUCAAAUGUCGAUAAUAUUUCGUUAUAUUUUAUCCAAUGGUACGCCAGUUGAGAGAUUUUGGGGCUUUUUUAAUCCAUCUGGACAUGAUGCAAAGUCACUAUCAAAGUGUAUAAAAUAUAACUUAAAAGAAGUAACAGAAAACCACGACAAAUUAAUCUCGCAAAGUUAUGACGGAGCUGCUGUGAUGAGUGGUCGACUUUCCGGGGUUCAAAAACUCAUAAAAGAUGAAUAUAAAAAUGCACAUUUUGUUCAUUGUUAUGCCCACCAGUUAAAUUUAAUCUUAAGUCAAGCUACAAUGCACAACCGUGAUGUAAGAAUUUUUUUUUCCAACUUGACUGAUGUAACUAAUUUUUUUUCUAAUUCUCCGCAAAGAGUUACCAUUUUGGAAAAGUUGUUAACCAUAGAAUCCCUCGAUCAUCAAAUACAAGAUGGAACUUCAAAAGCCGUAUUGUUAAUACUGUACACGAAAAUCUUGCAAAAACGGAAAAUCGACUCUAUCGAAGUGAAAAAUGCCGUUUCUCGAUUUGAAGAAAAUAUUCAAAAAGAAAGACGAAAUUUCGAUAAUUUUCAAAAUGAAAUGCCAGGUGAAGUAACUCAAUGUAGACAAAAAAGAAAACGUGAUGAUGAUACACUACUUUCUAGAAUUUGUGUUGCAAAAGAAGUCUGUGAUAUUCUUAUUGUCUGUGUUAAAGAUAGGUUCGAAUAUAAAGCUCAUUUAAACGCGUCUCUAUUAUUUAUGUCCACUGAAUUUCCUUUGUAUGAAAAAAGUUUUCCACAAACAUAUGUUGAUGAAACAAUUGAAGCUUACCCUUUUUUAAAUAAAAGGAAGCUUCAAACUGAAUUGGAACUUAUAUAUAAACGAACAGAUUUUCGUAGCGUAAUAGGUGCUGUUAAUUUACUACAGUUUAUUAUUGAUAACAACUUGGAACAAAUAUUUUCAGAAACAUUUAAACUUAUACGUAUUAUAGCAACAAUACCUAUGACAUCUGCAGAAGCAGAAAGAUCGUUUUCGACAUUGAAGAGGAUAAAAACAUUUCUUCGAAAUAGUAUGGCAGAAGAGCGAUUAACAGCAUUAGCGAUGUUAUCAAUUGAAAAGAAAAUGGUGAACCAAAUAUCAAAUUUUAAUGAAGAAUUCAUCAAAGUAUUCAUGAAGAAAAAAGACAGACGGAUCGAUUUGGAAUUCAAAAAUAUAACUACUAAAACAUGUAAAAUGAUGGUUUUGGAGACCCUACGUGACGACAAAAACAAGUACUGUAUGACGGGAUUCAAAACCCUACGUGGCAUUAUAUUCAAAACUGAAUUUUUUGUCUUAGCACUUAACCUGUAA